CUUUUGAUGUUAAAGGAGCAUACUGAGAAGGCACGAGUACCUCCCACCGUUGUCUGAUUCUUGCUGCAGUCUGUUCUGUUCUCUGAACACUGAUGAAUAACCACGCAUCUUCAACACCAUCUACCAUGAAGUUAAAACAGACCAUCAACCCCAUUCUUUUAUUUUUCAUACACUUAAUAAUAUCAUUUUACACACUUCUAACAUACAUUCCGUUUUAUUUCUUAUUUGACUCAAGACAAGAGAAAUCAGACCAAAUUAAAGCAAAGCCUGUGAAUACGAAGCCUGACUCAGCAUACAGAUCUGUUCAUAGUGUGAAUCAUUUGGCUUCAAUAUUGUACCCCGGCUGUGAUACACUAGAUAAAAUUUUUAUGUAUGCAAAAAACAAAUUUAAAGACAAAAGACUUUUGGGAACACGUGAACUUUUAAAUGAAGAAGAUGAAGUACAACCAAAUGGAAAAAUCUUUAAAAAGGUUAUUCUUGGACACUAUAAUUGGCUCUCCUAUGAAGACGUCUUCGUUCGAGCCUUUAAUUUUGGCAAUGGCUUACAGAUGUUGGGACAGAAACCGAAGACCAACAUUGCCAUUUUCUGUGAGACCAGGGCGGAGUGGAUGAUUGCUGCACAGGCCUGUUUCAUGUAUAACUUCCAGCUUGUCACAUUAUAUGCUACCCUGGGAGGUCCAGCCAUUGUUCAUGGACUAAAUGAAACAGAAGUGACCAAUAUCAUUACAAGUAAAGAACUUUUACAAACAAAGUUGAAGGAUAUAGUUUCAUUGGUCCCCCGCCUACGGCACAUUAUCACCGUUGAUGGGAAGCCACCAACUUGGUCCGAGUUCCCCAAAGGUGUCAUUGUACAUACCAUGGCUGCAGUGCAGGCCCUGGGCGCAAAGGCCAGCACGGAAACCAAGCCUCAUAGCAAACCAUUGCCAUCAGACAUUGCAGUCAUCAUGUACACGAGUGGGUCCACAGGAAUCCCAAAGGGCGUCAUGAUCUCCCACAGCAACAUCAUUGCUGGUAUAACUGGGAUGGCGAGGAGGAUUCCCAAACUGGGAGAGGACGAUGUAUAUAUUGGGUACCUGCCCCUGGCCCAUGUUCUAGAACUCAGUGCAGAGCUGGUUUGUCUUUCUCAUGGAUGCCGCAUUGGGUACUCUUCACCACAGACGUUAGCAGAUCAGUCUUCAAAAAUAAAAAAAGGAAGCAAAGGGGAUACAUCCAUGUUGAAACCAACCCUGAUGGCAGCUGUCCCGGAAAUCAUGGAUCGAAUCUAUAAGAAUGUCAUGAAUAAAGUGAAUGAAAUGAGUAGUUUUCAGCGGAAUUUGUUUAUUCUGGCCUAUAAUUAUAAGAUGGAGCAGAUUUCAAAAGGGCAUAGUACUCCAUUGUGUGACAGCUUUGUUUUCCGGAAAGUUCGAAGCUUGCUAGGUGGAAAUAUUCGCCUUUUAUUGUGUGGUGGUGCUCCGCUUUCUGCAACCACACAGCGAUUCAUGAAUAUCUGUUUUUGCUGUCCUGUUGGUCAGGGAUAUGGACUCACUGAAUCCACAGGGGCUGGAACAAUUACAGAAGUGUGGGACUACAAUACUGGCCGAGUGGGAGCACCACUAGAUUGCUGUGAAAUCAAAUUAAAGAACUGGGAGGAAGGUGGAUAUUUUAAUACUGAUAAACCACAUCCCCGAGGUGAAAUUCUUAUCGGUGGUCAGAAUGUAACAAUGGGAUACUACAAAAAUGAAGCCAAGACAAAAGCUGACUUCUUUGAAGAUGAAAAUGGGCAGAGAUGGCUCUGUACUGGAGAUAUUGGAGAGUUUGACCCUGAUGGUUGUUUGAAGAUUAUUGAUCGUAAAAAGGACCUUGUAAAACUACAGGCAGGGGAAUAUGUUUCUCUUGGGAAAGUGGAAGCAGCUCUGAAGAAUCUCCCUCUGAUUGAUAACAUUUGUGCAUAUGCAAACAGCUAUCAUUCUUAUGUCAUUGGCUUUGUUGUGCCAAAUCAAAAGGAACUAACAGAACUAGCUUUGAAGAAAGGACUUAAAGGGUCGUGGGAGGAGCUGUGUAACAGCAGUGAGAUGGAAAACGAGGUCCUGAAGGUGCUUUCUGAAGCUGCUGUUUCAGCAAGUCUGGAAAAGUUUGAAAUCCCACUAAAAAUUCGUUUGAGUCCUGAGCCGUGGACCCCCGAAACUGGCCUGGUGACAGAUGCUUUCAAGUUGAAGCGCAAAGAGCUCAAAACACACUACCAGGCGGACAUUGAGCGGAUGUAUGGAAGGAAGUGAUCAUUCCCUCGGGCAUCCGUUGCUCCCCUGAGCUCAGAUCAAAUAGGAAAAUACUUGAAAUGCAUGUCUCGACCCUGAGGCGGACUCCAUCCCUCGUCCUACACCGAGGUUGUUACUUCUCAUGCCACCAUUUCUCACUGACAGGAUUAGUAAAGUAUUAAGACAGCAAAUUUGUGUCUGUCUCCUCUUUGCUCUCUUCCAGCUUCACCUUUCCACCACGACUGGACUUGUCAGCAGGAGAAUUUCUCUCAGUCACAUUGGGAAGCAGUGAUUUUAAAACCUCAAGUUUUUAAACAUGAUUUAUAUGUUCUGUAUAGUGUUCAGUUUGUAACUUUUUAAAGUUUGGAUGUAUAGAGGGAUAAAUAGGAAAAUAUAAGAAUUGGUUAUUUGGGGGCUUUUUUACUUAUUGUAUUUAAAAAUACAAGAGUAUUGAUGUGAAAUUAUGUAAAUUUCAAAUGCUUAUGAAUCAAAUCAUUGUUGAACAAAAGAUUUGUUGCUGUGUAAUUAUUGUCUUGUAUGCAUUUGAGAGAAAUAAAUAUACCUAUACUUAUGUUUUAAGAAAUGGAGGACUUGU